ACGCCAGCCACGCCAGCCGCGCCAGCAUCGACCAGACGCUGUCGCCCACACGCCACGCCGUGGCCUCGCCUACCCGCAACCCCGUCACCUCUCCGCCCCGCCGUCCGGGCCUCGAGCGCGCGUCGUCCAGCGCGCGCCAGCUCUUUGGCGAGAUAGUGGGCGGCCAGGACGCAUCCCGGCCAGGCUUCAUGAUCCCCACCUUCGCGAGCGCUGCACGUGAGGAAGCGGCCCAGGCAGCGCAGAUCCCCCUGCCGCCCGUCAACGAUGCGCACGACCUGGCAGGUGACCAGGUGCAGCUGCCUGCAACCACCUUCACCGCGCCGCAGCACCAGCGCUCGCAGAGCAAUGCCACAACCGCUUCCUCCCGACACAGACAGUCACGCCCCACUUCGCGAUCCGUCCAGUCUCCGCCCGUGCGGCAGUCGCCGCCCUCUCGCAUUCCAGUCAUGUCGCAGCGAUCACGCCGAUCGAGCAACGCAUCAGAAGCCAGUUCGACAGCCCACUCCGUCAAGUACACACCUACUCGCAGCAACCGCUCGUCGCCCAACCGUAACAUGACCAGACGGCCAGUCGGAGCCAGCACACCCGGGAAGAGCAACGGCGCCGAUCAUGCGACGCUACCAGCGUUAGCCUACCGUGGCUAUCGGGAGCGAGGGAAGUCACCCGCAAGGACUGGACCCAGCGUACCAGCAGUCGUGACUGCCCCACCUCCACCGGCCUCCCCGCGAUUGCGCACCUCGCGCGACAGACAGCCUCUGCAGUCUCCUAAUGUACAGGGUAAAACAGGCGACUCGCACGGCGAGCUCGAGUACUUUUCGCUGGGCGAUCAGCUUCACCCAAGAGCCGAUCCUCUGGCGAGCCAACCAGAGCUGUUCAACGGUGAAAGUGAAUCGCAGACCCUGAAUUUCUCCUUCUCUCCAAGCGUGCUUUACCCCGAUGAGCAGGAAUUCGACCCAAUAGCGACCGAGCACGCUCAGCAGGAGACCCACAGUUCGUCAAAGCACAAACAGUCUCUAAGCUUGCAGACUUCCGGCUUAGGCGCGUCUCCACCAACGCAGACGUGGUCCGCAGUGACAGAUUUCGAAGAAUCUCCGACCCUAGGCAUCCCAGGUAGCUUUGUUUUAACACCUCCGAUAGCUCAUCGGCAGCCUCGAGAACCACGGCAAUUGGAGCCCAAGCCUCAGCAAGAGAACCAGCAAGAUCAGCAAGAACCUGAGAUCGAGCUUCUCAGGCCAGCUAUAUUCCGCCAGGUGAGCGGCGGGCAGGCUCCGGAGCUGCCUCCGAUCGAAGAAUCGAUCUUGGGCGUCAGAGAAUCGAUACCUAUCAUGUUCAAUGAUGAACACCUGCCCGGCGGCGAAGUAAAUGGUGCGCACGACUUGCAGGAAGAGGAAAACCAAUACGUCGUCCCUCCCAGACGGUCAGUGCAGGUGUAUGGACAUGAGACAUUGCUGCCUGCACUUCACUUCAAAGGCGAGGAGGAGGAGGACUCGCCUACAGAUUCCUUCCACGACGAUCGUGAUUCGGUGCAUCCAGAUGACUCCAUCAGUGUGGCUCCCUACCGUUCAUCAAAGCCGAUGCACACCAAAAGCGAAACGUACAGUGUUAUCAACUCUGUACUAAACCUCUAUCAUCAGUCGCAGGUCAUAUCCCCAGAACUAGCCCUGCUCUCUAGACAGAGAGUUCAUCAAGUCUCGCCUGUAAUAGCGCAACACCAGGAUUGGGCGUCAAAGGAAGCCACUGAAACCUAUCUCGCGCGGAUCCUUAGUGACGCCAAUGGGUCGCAACGAGACAGCGCGCAGGAGCAGCUGCGAGAAAGAGAAUCCUUGCCACUUCUGACGCCGAACGUUUAUCAAGCAAGGAAGCCUUCGCCAGAGCGUGCAAAUCAAAUACCUGCAUUUGUCUUUCCUCCAGAGUCACAUCGCUAUUCUCGCGGUUCGCAAGGGUCUGCAACGACACUUAUACAGGAGGAUGCAUCGCCGCCCGGCAGUUCCUUCGGCAAUCCCUCACAGGACACCUUGUUGCCGAAUCCUGCGGAUGAUGAUGCGACAUCUUCAACGAAUGGUCUCGAUCUGCCGCAGCUUGCUUGGACGAACGGAGGUCUUGGUUUGUCCAUGAACAACUAUAUGCCACCUUCACCUACGGUCCCUUCACCAACAGUGCAACAUCCACCACGACCCAUCUACUCUCCGCCGCCACCACCGCCCCCUGCUAAGUCUCUAGACGAUUUCCCGCCAAUCUCGCCUUCCUUUCCAUCAUAUCCAUCCUCCGAACAUGCUAGGCCGUCUCCUGCCUCGCAGAUGGAUGAUCGUUUUGAUGAGCAUCCCGCACGCGCGCUCACACCUGUUGGUAACAUGCACGACAGGAACUACGACGAUAGCCAUAGCACUACGAAAUCUGCAGAGAUUAGCGACAAGCCGCUACCAGAUGUUGAUGUGACCGAGGAUGAAACUCCGACAGCAUCUGAAGAACCGCCACCAGAUCCAGCGCGACAAGCAUUAACGAAGCGAUAUCGCAUCCUUGAGGAAAUACUAACCACUGAGCAUCAAUUUUGCAUAGACAUGAUGAUUGCCCACAACAUCUUCGAAGCAACGGCUGGCAGCAUCAUGACAGAGAAAGAGAAGCGUGCUCUUUUUAGCAACUGCAAAGACCUGGAAAAGUUCUCGCUUGCUUUGUUCCGGGCUUUCAAGAAAGCGGCGAAACCGAUCGUCAACCACGAUAUGCCACCUCCCACUGGUCCCUGGAGUCGCGAUUCGACGGACUCCAAAUCCUUUGGCUCUGCCGAACUACCUGCGAAUUUACGAUCGGAUGAAUUCAACCAGUUCGAGAACUGCACGCCCGAGAACGAUCACAUGACAACAAUUGGCAGUGUUUUCGUUGACAAUCUGGAGAAGAUGGAGCGCUUUUACACGACGUACUACCUCAACUCGCAAAAUCAACACGCAUACAUCAAGAAAAACCAAGCCAACCCAGAACUUCUUGGCUGGGUGGUGGCGUGUUUUGAGCAAGUCGAAAACAUGACGCAAGCUUGGGACCUUGACUCUUUGCUUGUCAAGCCAGCACAGCGCCUGCUCAAGUAUCCCUUGCUCCUGGAAUCGCUGGAGCAAGCUACUGAUGCUGACCACCCUGAUCUUGAAAACAUCAAGAAGGCUCGUCAAGAGCUGCUCGCCAUCAGUGGACGUAUCAACGAUGCGAAGAAGCGCGCAGAUACGUUCCGUGCUGCGACCACAGAAGGCAAGAAAGAGAAGAGCAAAGGCAAGGGACUUGGAAAUGCUUUCGUCAAAGCUUUCAUACCAAAGGCAGACAAGACGAAGACCUACGACGAAGCCGAGAAGACGUUUAAAGACAUGGAGUACAAGUCUCGAGAACAGAAGUUUGGCGGCCACUUCUUCCAGCUUCAGAUCGUCAUGCGCGACUUCGAGAAUUACCUCGAUUCGAUUACUGAGCAUUAUCUCCAACUCAAUGUCGUCUUCCUAGGGUUCAUCACAGUUUGCGAGGUUGCGCCUUCGGUUAAUCCUGAGAUUGAAAGUACGUGGCGUAAAUGGGCAAUGGCUCAUUUUGAGCUUCAAAACAAAGCCCUUGAGGAUCACAAAUCCGCUGUCCGCAGUCGUGUGUUAAAACCGAUUGCAGAUCUAUGGGAGAUGUGGGUAUCGUAUCAGAAGACCAUCGAGCAGCGAAAGAAAUAUCUGCUCUACUACGUCAAACACAAACAGGCUGUUGACCGCGGUGAGAAACCCGACCCAGAGGUUGUGGCGUCGGCAGAACGUUUCACGACGAUUAACGAUACUCUGAAGCUUGAGCUGCCAUUGUUGUACGACAAGACAAAAGCUGCCAUGAGGAAUGUGAUGACUCUUUUCAUGGCGCUCCAAAAGGACUGGUACAAAACAUGUUCGAAGAAAAUCCUUCCGCUCUUGGAGACCGAACCACAACACACUACCUCCAUAGUCUACGACUUGCAAGCAUACACAGAACGCUUCAAGUCAGACUACAAUCUGCAAGAGCAGAAGGCAAAGGGCUUCGGUAUUACCAACAGUCAACGUCUGCUGCAAGAAAUCUCAAGCAUGACAUCACCAGUGCCAUCCGAUGGUGCUGGCUCUACGCGCAACUCUCAGUCCCGGCGCACCGAAUCCAUGAGCAGCGAGGCGUCUGGCUUCGACCCGCGUAAUCGACACAGUGGCGGUUACAGUUCGCGGUCUAACAUGCGCUCUAUGGAUGGGCCUCCACGCUCAUCGCCCGCAGGCCCAGCGUAUCCAUCACUAUACCAGAACUCGAGCUCCUCCCGAAACAACUUCGGGCCUGCGUCCUCCCGUGAAGCAGCUCGAGUGCUCAGCCCAACAUCGGACAACAGCGAGGCGACGACCGUUCGCCAGUCGGAACGCCGCAAUUCAACAAGAUCCAGAAACCAACCCUACGCGGGUAUGGACGGUGUUGUUGAUUUCGAAGACCGCACUUCGCUCAAUACCGGUGUUUUCGACUUCCCGCCUCAGUUGGGCGCUUCGUUCCUCUCGCCUACACAGUCGAGCAUGUUUACCCUGUCUACGCCGAAUUCGCAGCCUCCGUCUCUCCCGGGCUCUACUCGACAAUCCGGGGUCUUCAAUUCAGCUCUUCCGAUGUCUGACACGCCCAACCGCGGCAGUGCUGAAGAGCUUCCCAUGACACCUGGCGACACAGACGAACCCGAGGUCCUUUUCUUGGCAGCAAGUCUUUUCGAAUUCAACAUUGCGCACGAUCGUCGCGAAGGCGGUAUUCCUUAUCUUGUCUAUGUUCCGGGCGAGAUCUUCGACGUCAUCGGCAUGAAGGGUGAGUUGUGGCUGGCACGCAACCAAGACGAUUCGAAAAAGACAAUUGGCUGGAUCUGGGAAAAGCAUUUCGCGCGUAUUCUUCCUGAAGAUGCCUGAUGUACCGGGAAAUACAUGUUCACAUUUCAGUAUCUCUACAGAUGUCGGGAUCUCACUUCUUCGGACCGUUUUCUCUAAGAAACCUUUCUCUCUCCUUUUUUCGCUUCGCAAGGUCCACACCUUCUUGCUCUUUCGAACUUCUACACGUAUUUUGUUCGCGGUGGGCUUGGCGCUUUUUUUUUGGGAUGGGGCAAAGAGGGUGUCUGGAGGCGAUCACGAGCAUUGCUGGCGCAAUUUCUGGCCAUGUAUGAAACGAUUUGCGGACAUGGUGGGAUAUCGGGGAGUAGCUCGGCGCUACAUGGGGCUGUAUGAUAUAGCAAUAACACA